UUGUUCCUGGACCGGUUCGACCGGUAUACUUUUUUGGGAAUGCCCCGCUAGCCUUGAUAAGCCAAUCAUCUGUGAUCUUUCAACGUAAAGUGACGUCAUAUAUCAACAACCGCAUUGGUAUUAAAAAGUGUUGAAACAAACGUCGACCCUGCUACACAUGAAUGUCAAGGUGGGAAUUUCCACAGGUGGCACUUUAAAGAAAAUUCAUUACGUGUUUGGAUACCAACAUUUUGACAUACUGAAGUAUUAAGUUGCAAGUACUUUCUUCAAGUGGAACCAUAAUUGGAUAUUUAAAUCGUCAAGUGUACUUGUGUUUGAUUUGGGGUACAUCAAGGUCACUUGUCAGAAUCCAAACAGCCACCUGCGAGGCUGGCUUUUAAAUCUUUUUGGCGUUUGUUUCACAACAUACGACACUUUCACGUGAGAACGUUUUAAUAUGUUUCGUUUAAAGACGUUGUGGACUGCUGGCAGUAGGCCACAGCUGUGGGAGGGGUACAAGCUGACAGCAUGUCGUGCCUGUUCGUCACAAGCUGGUACCAAUAAAGGCAGGAAUUAUGCAACUGCUGCAGCUGCAGAGCCCUUCCUCAGUGGCAGCUCGUCCAUCUACGUAGAGGAGAUGUACAAGUCUUGGGAGCAGGAUCCAAAAAGUGUUCACAAAUCCUGGGAUGUGUACUUUCGGCAAGUGACCAUGGGCGCAGCGCCUGGCACUGCACACGUGAGGCCGCCAUCCCUGACUCCGUCAUCAUCAACGGCAGGGAUAACCUUGGUGCCCAAGCAGACCAGCACACAACUGACCUCAAAGGAGCCGGUCACUGACAAGUUGAUAGAGGAUCAUCUGUCUGUGCAGACCAUCAUCAGAUCUUACCAGACCAGGGGCCACAAUAUAGGAAAUCUGGAUCCCUUAGGGAUUGCUGAUGCUGAUUUAUGCUCUGAAGUUCCCAAAGAACUAGAUCUGCAUUCGUACAGCAUAGAUCAAGCGGACAUGAACCGAGUGUUCCAGCUGCCAGACUCUACGUACAUCGGCGGUGAGGAGAAAGCAUUGCCUCUGGGGGAGAUUCUCAGUAGGCUCAAGAACAUUUACUGCAACCACAUUGGUGUGGAGUUCAUGUUCAUUAACAACCGUGAGCAGACAGACUGGAUCAAGCGCAAGUUUGAGACUCCAGGAAUACUCAACAUCCACGCUGAUGAAAAACGUCUCAUGCUUGCAAGGCUUCUCAGAUCACAGAGGUUUGAGGAGUUCCUGGCACGUAAGUGGUCCUCGGAGAAGCGGUUUGGUCUGGAGGGUUGUGAGGUGCUCAUCCCGUCCAUGAAGACCCUCAUUGAUAGCUCCAGUGCCCUCGGUGUGGAGAGUUUCGUGAUUGGCAUGCCGCACAGAGGCCGCCUGAAUGUGUUGGCUAACGUGUGUCGAAAACCGCUGGAAAAGAUCUUCUGCCAGUUCGACUCUAAACUGGAGGCGGCUGAUGAGGGCUCAGGGGACGUGAAGUACCACCUGGGCAUGUCAGUGGAGCGACUGAACCGUGUGACCAACAAGCAGAUCAAGAUUGCCGUAGUGGCCAACCCCUCCCACCUUGAGGCCGUUGACCCAGUUGUGCAGGGAAAGACACGCGCUGAACAGUUCUAUAGGGGCGACACGGAGGGGAAGAAGGUUAUGAGCAUCUUGCUGCACGGAGAUGCUGCAUUCAGCGGGCAGGGUGUGGUUUAUGAGACUUUCCACUUGAGUGACUUGCCAGCGUAUACCACACAUGGCACUGUUCACAUUGUGGCCAACAACCAGAUUGGUUUCACAACUGACCCUCGGUCCUCGCGUUCCUCUCCCUACUGCACGGACGUGGCUCGUGUGGUGAACGCUCCCAUCUUCCAUGUGAACGCAGACGACCCAGAGGCUGUCAUGUAUGUGGCAAAGGUCGCUGCCGAAUGGAGGUCAACAUUUGGCAAAGAUGUUGUUAUUGAUUUGGUGUCAUACAGAAGGAAUGGUCACAAUGAGAUAGAUGAGCCGAUGUUUACCCAGCCGCUGAUGUACAAGAGGAUUGCUAAGACCCCUACAGUGCUCGCUCAGUACUCAGAGAAACUCAUGAAGGAGGGCAUUGUCACACAGCAGGAGUAUGAGGAGGAGGUGAGCAAGUAUGACAAGAUCUGUGAGGAGGCGUACGUCUUGUCCAAAAAGGAGAGCACGGUGUCCUAUAGGGACUGGCUGGACUCCCCCUGGCACGGGUUCUUUGACUCCAGGGAGGCCAUGGUGCUGCCCAAGACUGGCGUGAAGGAGGACAUUCUCCAGCACAUUGGCAGCGUCUUCAGCAGCCCUCCACCUGGGGACUUUGUUAUACAUCCUGGGUUGAAGCGUAUCCUGAAGGCGCGUAUGGAGAUGGUAAACAACCGCACAGUUGACUGGGCCCUUGGGGAGGCCCUGGCGUUUGGCUCCCUGCUCAAGGAGGGCAUCCACGUCAGACUCAGUGGGCAGGAUGUUGAGAGAGGAACUUUCAGCCACCGUCACCAUGUGCUGCAUCACCAGACGCUGGACAAGGUGAGGUACAAUGCUCUCAACCACAUCUACAAGGGACAGGCCCCCUACACAGUGGAAAACAGCUCUCUCUCCGAGUACGGAGUGCUAGGAUUUGAGCUGGGCUAUGUGAUGUCUAAUCCCAAUUCUCUGGUUCUAUGGGAAGCCCAGUUUGGAGACUUUGCCAACACGGCCCAGUGUAUUAUCGAUCAGUUUAUCAGCAGUGGUCAGGCUAAGUGGGUCAGGCAGAAUGGAAUUGUGCUACUUCUUCCACAUGGAUAUGAGGGCAUGGGUCCUGAGCAUUCAAGUGCAAGACUCGAGCGAUUCCUGCAGAUGAGCAAUGAUGACCAAGACCAUUUCCCGACCUAUGCCACAUUUAAUUCAAAAUACAAUGAGAAAGAGAGCGAUGACUUUGAGAUCCAGCAGCUUCAUGAGAUCAACUGGUUUGUGGGCAACCUGACAACUCCUGCCAACUACUUCCAUGCCUUGAGGAGACAGAUUGCUCUGCCUUUCAGAAAACCAUUGGUGCUGAUGACUCCAAAGAGUUUGUUGCGUCUCCCUGAAGCGCGGUCAAGCUUUGAAGACAUGAUAGAGGGCACGGGCUUCCAGCGGUUGAUCCCGGACAAGGGCGUAUGCACCAAGAAGCCAGAGGGCGUGAAGAAACUCAUCUUCUGCACAGGCAAGGUGUACUACGAGUUGAUGAAAGAACGGGAAAAGAUGAACCGAGACGAGACCAUCGCCAUUACGAGAAUUGAGCAGAUUUCGCCGUUCCCAUUUGACCUGGUGAAGCAGGAAAUCCUGCGGUACCCAAAUGCAAAGUUUGCCUGGGUGCAGGAGGAGCACAAGAACAUGGGCGCCUGGUCGUAUGUGGAGCCCAGGAUGAGGACCGUGCUCAGGAAGAUUGCCGACUCUGACAGGCCCAUGGAGAACUAUCUACUGAAGAAAGUCGAGUACAUUGGGCGCAAUCCUGAGGCUUCUGCUGCUGCGGGCAACAAACAGCGACAUCAGUACGAGUUCUCUCAGUUCAUGAACCACGCCAUGAAGGAGAUCUAGACUGACUACCUUCAUAAACAUCACAUUGAGAGGCGCUUUAGGACAAACGGGUUACAUGCAUCUGCAUAAAUGUACAGUUUACAUUUUAUUGUAUUUUUUGUUUAAAGAAGACUGUACUUGACAAAAAUCUAGUGUGUGGGUGGAAACUUUAUGCCUAUGCAUUAACCCUCUUUUCACAGAGCGAGGCUCAAUUAUAACAAGACUGACAUAAAUACACUUUGAAUUGGUGUUUUAAUUUCCGAAUAAGACUGUUGUGGCCUUGUUGACGGUUUUUCUGUUUGAUUGUGUUGGCAUAUUUUUUUUUUCAAAUCAAGUAUGUGAAGUGUUGUUAUUUUCUUUAUCAAAUUUUUAAACUAUUACCAUUGCCAGUAUUGUUUUUGGGCAAUUAAAUUAGCAUUUAUAACAUGGUGUAUGUACAAAAAACGAAUUUAGAACCUGCAUUUAUUAAUUGUGGUUAUUUGUUUAAUGACUAUAAAAUGUUUACUAUUUGGUUUUUCUUUUGAUGUUAAUAUUUUUGUUCAAAAUGUAUUUUUAGUACUAUAAAUAAAAUAGCCAUUUUUAUGCCCCCUUUCGAAUAAAAUGGGGGUAUAUAGUUUUGCCACUGUCAGUCUGUCUGUCUGUCACACUUUUCAUGUCCGCUCUCUAUUUCAAAUACUUGUUAUCCGAUCUUUACCAAACUUGGUCAGAAGUUGUAUCUAGACAAUAUCUAGGUCGAGUUCGAAUAUUGGUCAUGCCGGGUCAAAAACUAGGUCACGGGGUCACUCAGUGCAUUUCAAGGAUUUUGCAUGGUAAAAUGCUCACAACUUCUAUCAAAGCGUUGGCCAUAACUUUUGCAUUAUUGAAGAUAGAAACUUGAUAUUUGGCAUGAAUGUGUAUCUCAUGAAGCUGCACAUUUUGAGUGAGGCAAAUUCAAGGUCAAGGUCAAAGCGCCGCAAUAGGGGGCAUUGUGUUUCUGACAAACACAUCUCUUGUUUUGUUUUGGCAAAGACAUUAAAUCCAUUCGAUAUGACGUUUAUUAAUGCCUAUGUGCAGUAUUCUCUUGCACUAUUCUUAUGUUUGUCUAUAGGCAGUAAUCGGGAUUCAAAGUAGUAAGGUGGUGGGAAUGUAACAGCAAAGAAGGGUGUUGGUGCUUCUGAAACUUUAGAAUUAUUAUUAGUUGUUUUUAUACAUGCAUGAAAUCUCCAAUAUCUCCAUUCAUGAUAUGUUUAAUCACUGCACAUUAUCAAUUGCUGAAUUGUAUAAUUUAGUUAUAUCUGUGCAGUGUUUAAUUCAAAUGGCAGGUUUUUUAUAUUUGUUUUUCUCAUGGUGCCACAUUUAAGAGAUCUGCUUGUGUACAGAGCCUUGCAUUUUGAUUUUAUUUACAAGGCAAUGUGCUGACAUUUGCUUAUCUCAAUAAACUUUAAAUAAUUAUAAUGAUUUGGAAUGGCAGGAGUUUGAAGAGUUUUCAUAAUUAUUUAACAUAAAUGUUUGAGUUUUACUUCUGUCUGUCAAAUAAUCGUGUAAAUACUUGCAUAAUAAUUGAAUAUAUUGGGAGUAAUUUAUGACACAGAGCAUUGUUAUUAACAGUGCUUUAUAUGUGUUUGAAUCAGUUUCUGAUUUUUCUUCUAUUACAUAACUUGUACAUCAAAAUGAUAUUUGAACGUGUUGAAUUGUACUUGCUGUUUCUAAACUUGUUAUGUCCUUUCAUUCUUCUGGUAAUCAGGCUGCAUACUACAACGGUAGCCUAGUGUUGUAUACUGGAUAUUUACAGGAUUUGUACCUCAUUUUGUAUCACUGCAUAACAAUGACAAAGAAAAUUUGUUUGUUCAAUAAAUAAAUUACAAACACAUAAAA